UUAGACAUGAUGGGGUUUUCCUUUUGUGCGUAACACAAAUUAACAUUAUUUACACCUAAGUGAUGACGGUUUAUCAUAUUUAGCUAUCAAAUAAAUGACAAGAAAAAAGAUUUCCUUGAAAAAUUCCUAUUCGUCGACUGUUCAGCAUUGUAACCGUUAAAAGUGAGUUGCCACUUUAGCAGUCAUGAGUCGUGGAUCCAGGUAUGGACUUAUGUCACUGACCGAAAAUCGAUGUGUUCCGCUUAAGAAAACCAACAUUCAGGUGGCAAUCCAUGGCUUAGUCGCCAACGUGACCUCUGACCUUCAUUAUGUUAACGACUCGAACGAGAACAUUGAGACAGAGUUUGUCUUCCCACUGGACUCCGAGGCAGCUGUUUAUAAGUUUGAAGCUGAGAUAGACGGUAGAACCAUUGUAGCAGAGGUUCAAGAGAAAUCACAGGCAAAAGAGACGUACCAAGAUGCCGUUGCUUCUGGCCAUACUGCAAUGUACAUGGGAGAAGAUGACAACGCUGGAGAUAUAUUUCGUCUCAAACUCGGAAAUCUCCCGGCCAGGAAAGCAGCCAAACUCACAUUUGCUUACGCAAUGGAGCUGGAUUUGUCCUCUGAUAAAACAGGGACAUUUAUGUUGCCAACAGUUCUCAAUCCAAGAUACGUUCCUGACUGUUCAUCAAAAGACGAAUCUAAUUCAGAGGAGACUGACACAACAAUGACAACAUGUAAAACAACCGAAAGUGAUAAUGGAAUUAUAUACUGCUCAGACUUUACAUUGAAUUUGGAUGCUGUAGUAGAUGGUGGUAAAAGCCUUAUAGUUUCCGAGAACAAGAUGGAGUUUGAUGUGGUUGCAGAUAAAAUCGUUAAUAAGAUGACAUCAUCAAAACAGCUCAAACAUGGAUCUGAUUUUACAAUUGUUUUACACUACAAAGGAUUUGAAAAGCCAGGGGCAGUGCUAGAGAAAGGAAAGGAAGACGGCAAAAAACCAUUUUUAUCGACGGAUGUACUGAUGAUUAACUUUUCUCCAGAAUUCAAAGACUUGGACACAAACGUGCCGUGUGAAUUUGUUUUUAUAAUUGACCGUUCUGGGUCAAUGCAUGGAUCUCGAAUUAAGAAAGCCAAGGAGACUUUACUGUUGCUUUUGAAGAGUCUUCCUGUACAAUGUAUUUUCAAUGUUGUCAGUUUUGGAUCAAGAUUUUAUACUUUGUUCCCAAAGAGUGAAGAAUAUAAUGAAGAAAACCUAGAAGAAGCUUUAAAUCUACAAAAGACGAUGGAAGCUGAUAUGGGAGGAACAGAGAUCUUCAGGCCUCUUGAAAAUGUCUUCAGUAACAAACUCUCUUGUUCCUAUGCUAGACAGGUUUUUCUAUUGACGGAUGGAGAAGUUUCCAACAUCCCAGAAAUAGUCAAAUUAGUGAAAAAGCAGAAAAAUACUAGAGUGUUUACUUUUGACAUUGGAGAUGGCUGUUCAACAGAACUAAUAAGAGAGGUCGCCAAAGUAAGCAAUGGAAAGGCCACUUUUGUGAAAGACAAUGACAGACUACAGUCAAAGGUAAUGUCUGUGUUGAAGAACAGUGUACAAUGCGGAAUAACAGAUGUGUCUUUAACAUGGGAUCUACCUGAUGGUUGUUCUGUUAUCAAUGCCCCAGAAGAAGUCCCACCAAUAUUUCAAGGAGAGAAAUUGAUUCUUUAUGGUAUUAUUUCAGGUGAUAUUUCGAAGCUUUCUCCUAAGACACAUUCGAUGAAAAUGACUGGUAAGGCUGGUGACAAGAUUGUGGAGUUUAACGUGGAUUUUGACUUGAACGUCAGCAAGUCUGGCGACACAGGUGAAUCCUAUCCACUUCAUAGACUUGCGGCCAAAUCCAGAUUAUCAGAGAUGGAAGCAAAUGAUGCUGAUGAGAGUUUGAUGGUGGCAUUAAGUACAGAAGUUAAUGUAACGUGCAAACACACAGCGUUUGUUGGUGUAGAUAGAGAGAGCAGAGAAAUUGUAGGAAAAUUAAGCAAUACAGAUGACCUUGAGGAAGUUGUAGAGGAAGCUAUGUACAGUCUAUGUGCUGCAACUGCACCAAGGUAUAAAUCAGCACAAGGACUCAUGGGGAAGGUGGCAAAUUUUUGUUCAAAUAUUUUACCAAAAAGGAAGAAAAUGAAGCCACUAUUAUCUCGCAACUUGGCCCCAGUGCCACAUUCUAUGGAUAUUGAUAUUCCAGCAAUGGCAUCAAAAAAGAAAACAAAGUCAGUCGCAUGCCGCAGCAUGGCAUUAUGUUCUUUGGACUAUGAUACUCCAGACUUAGACCAGAAAGGAAGUCAGUUCUUGAAAAUGUUGGAAUUGAUUGAGAAUCAGAGGUUUGAUGGAUGUUGGGAGUUAACAGAGAAAAUCUCAGAAAUACUCAACAAAUCACAGGAUGAAAUAAAAUCAUCUACAGUGAUACAGGAUGUUAGUGUUUGGACGACAGCUCUUGCCAUUGCAUUUUUGAGAAAGUAUUUCAUGGAACAAAGAGAUGAAUGGGAGAUGAUCGAGGAGAAAGCGUUGAACUGGUUGAAGACAAGAGAUGUUGAAGGCAAAGAUGUCGUACAGGAAGCAAUGACUUUUUUAUCAACAUAACAGUUUUGUAACUUUAGUGCUUUUCCUGCUUGAUAAUGACAUUUCUUAAUUAAAUAUGAAAGUUUUACUACACAUAUUUUGUGUACACGAUGCGAUUCAGGCAGUACAAUAACUCUCACAUAUAUUAAUCUUCAUAUAAUUUACAUGUAACUCCCUGUUUAUCCACUGCAACUUAUUUCCCUCCAAAUUGAUAUUUUAUUCUGAGAUAUAUACAUUUAAAAAGUAUUUCCCUUAGUGAACUAUAUAUGUUGAUGUACUAUUUUUACAUUUAAAUUUAAAUUCUUCUUCAUUCAAAAAAAGAUUUGCGUUUGAAUUCAUCGUUUUGUAUAUAUUCUAUGGUCGAUACUAUGACCUUGUCCUAAUUUGCUCUGCUCUUGAUUUGUUCUGUUAAAUGGACUUUGAGUUUGAACACCGUUCUUUAUUUCUAUAACUGGCCUGAUCAGAAUAUUUAAUGAAAAAAUAGGAACAGUAACUCGAAAAAUUCAUAAACGAAAAAAGAGUUACCCUUUGUAGUAACCAAAAUAGAGAUCAACACAAUUAAAGAAGCAUGAUUCUACACUGAAAAACAAAGCGGAGAUGGGCUUUUUAUGCAAAACACUACAGAAACUGGUUCUGUAUCAGAUUGUGCUGCAUCCACAGAGUCCGAAUCCUACCUCUUAAAUCUGCAAUCGGACACCUGCCAUCAAGCCGUCAUCAAGGCAUAUACAUGAUAAAGCUAUUGACUGAUCUUUGGAAUGGCUUUAGAAUCUGCGGUAUGAUUUAUAUAUAAACAGGUAUAUAAAGUAUUAUAAACAUUAUAUUGAUAUAUAAAUUACACGAGUAGUGUAAAUAUGAGACCUAUGGACCACAACCCUCACCUGAGAAACUUUAGCCUGCUGUUCUUCAGCAGAUUUUCCCACUUGCAAGAUCUAUUUUGACCCCGCCCUGAAAAUGGAGUCAUGAUUUGAAAUAAUUUAGAAUCUACACUUUCCCAGGAUGCUUCCUUGGAAGUUUUAGCAUUUUUGGCGUUGUGGUUCUUGAGAAUGUUUUUUUCAAACAUAACUCCUAUAUAUUUCAAUGUUAAACUUUGAUUCCCAAUGUGGCCAGUACUAUCCCAAGGGGUAAUGAUUUUAACAAUUUCAAAUUAACUACACUACCCCAUGACACUUCAACAUAAGUUUCGGUAUUUCUGGGCCAGUGGUUCUUGAAAAGAGAAUUUGAAAAAUUGUUCCUAAAUAUUCAAAUGAAAAAAAAAAUGAAAUCUAUUGUAGCCUCCCUACUUCCGGGAGACAUGAUUUACCAAUUCAGAAUCAGCACAACCCAAAGAUACUUCAAGAUAAAUCUUAGCAAUUCUACCCCAUUUCUUUUGAUUUUGUUCCUUCAUUUCACAAUUGAAAUUCCCCUAUGCAGCAAGUUUGGUUAAAAUUUUCCCAGUGGUUUUUGAGGAGAAGUUGAAAAUAUGAAAAGAGUACAGAUGGAAAACGGAUGAUCAGCAAGGCUCACGAUCUUUUAGCUCAGUUGACUUAAAAAUGACCCCAAAAUAACAAAAAAGUUUUCAAUAAAUUUUAAAAACACUAUUUAUUCAGAGAAAGUGCAUAGGAUUGUUAAUCAUAUAUAAAAAGAACACCCAACAAAAAGUAUGUGAGCCAGUGUCCAUUAGUAAUACCCUCAGCUCUGAUGUGAUUAUACACUAUAAUUAGCUCACCUGCGCCGAAGGCUCAAGUGAGCUUUUCUGAUCAAAAUUUGUCCGUUGUCUAUCGUUGUCGUUGUCGUUGUUGUCGUCGUAAACUUUUCACAUUUCCAUCU